GCAAAAUCUGAUUGUUUUAGUUUAUUUACUUGUGAGUUGUCGUCACUAACGCUAUUCAUACCGAACGCAAUGCGUUCUCCUCUUUUAGUAAACAAACCACAUGAAAUCCCAUCUGUUCAUCCAAUUUUCUGGAUGUUUUGUUUUGGUAAUUAAAAUGAUGUUGCUUUAUUUCUAUUUUUUUCCAUUUAUUCAAAAAGCAAUCGCUUUUUAACAAAGCCUUUAUACAUGCUUUUACGUACUAACAUUCGUAUGUCACUCCACCGCGCAAAUAUUUAUGUAUAUAUAUAGUACAAGGUCCUUGUUGAAUUCUUCCAACUCAGUCACCAACAAAGAAAAGUUCAGGGUCUCUUUACUUUACGAAAAUGAACAGCAAUCGUCGUGAGGAAUUGGCUUGCUUAGGGAUCUUUCCCUUAAGCGACCGAAGUCAAUUGGAAGGUGUGUUAACACCUAUUUUACAACUUCGGGUCAAGUUUUUGCUACCUCUUAGCAGGUUUCACGAGGCAUUAGUCUUAAAUAAAGAGUUCAAUGAAGUUGAAGGGAAAGAGUUAUCUGGUUUUCUAAAGCAUUUUAGGCCACAAACUGCCAAGUUUGUUAGAAAUGAACAUCCUGAUGAGGGUACUGUUUCCUACAUCUUUGAAGCAGACAAAUAUGAAUUUGAAGUUUAUUACUUUAAGAAUGACCAUUCCUUGAAAUUCAACGGCAUGUAUGAUAUCGAAGAGAAGCGAAAACAAAAACAACAAGAGCAAACCGUCCAACGCCUGAUAAAAAAUGAGCAACAAGAUGAGAAGACUGUUUCACCUACAAGAUUGGAAGAAAAAGCAUAUUGGGAUCGUUAUGACGUGGAUCAACCUUUGGAGAAUGAAAUCGAUAGCGGUUCACGCACUUUGCCUGAACGAAGACGACAUCCGAACUUCGACCGUCUUGGUCUUGACAAUCUAAUCGUAGAACAAACCGCCAGUUUGUGGAAGGUAUGCCGACAUAAUGGCAUGUCGAUAGAUGAAUUUUUGCAUUUUAUCCGUAUCGGACUCGAGCCUUUUCCAAGGAAUUCCAAUCAUGCUUUAUCUUUCUUUGGACGCUAAACGGUAUGAUAUGUAUGAGAUUGUUUUCAAUUGAUUCCAAAGUUCGUUUCCUUCAGAAUAUCAAAAGAAUGUCUGAAACUCAAACUACUUUUUUAUAGCAUUUUCUCAUUUAUCUGUUUUUUCCCUACAAUGAUUCUAUUAUAAACGCCCCUUUCUUCUUGGAUCUUGUUUCCAGCAUGGAAAGCUAGCUUUUUAACACCGACUCUUGACGACUCUACAAAUAACAUUGGUACAUGGAAUUGAGUAUGUGUUUUUUAUUAAACAGCAACUCUAUUUUUGAGAUAACUUUAUGAAUGGACGAUAAACUAAAAACGUACACUAAAUUAAACCAUUGAAUAAAACACUGGAAAUCAUAUUUUCUUAAUCUUGUUUUUCUUUCCAUCUUUCCUCCUAUUAUUAUUUUAGUUCACAUAACACAUCGCAGCGUACCUCACUA